AUGCAGUUCUUGAAACUUUCUGUCGCCGUUGCUCUUGCCAGCGGUGCACUCGCUGCUUAUGUUCCAACUGAGCCAUACACUACUCUUACACCAUCUGCUACAUUGAAGGGAGGUCUCACCGAUUACCCUUCUACCUUUGGUAUUGUUGUCGAUCCAGUUUCCACUUCUUCAUCUUCUGCCAAGAAGGUCCGCAGAGAUGUUGCCUCCCAGAUUGGUGAUGGUCAAAUCCAGGCUACUACUGCAACCACCACUUCAGUCAAGGCUACAUCUGCCCAGGUUGUCUCUCAGAUAACCGAUGGUCAGAUCCAGGCUACCACUGCUACCAAGGCCAAGACUACUGCUGAGGUUGUUUCGCAAAUCAAUGACGGACAGAUUCAGGCCACCACUGCCACCAAAUCUAAGACCACUGCUGCUGUCGUUUCGCAGAUUGGUGAUGGUCAAAUUCAGGCUACCACUUCUACCAAGUCCAAGGCUACUGCUGCUUCUCAAAUCAGCGAUGGCCAGGUCCAGGCUUCCACUGCCUCAACUGUCAGCGGUGCCUCCCAGGUCAGUGAUGGUCAGGUCCAGGCUACAAGCACUACUUCUGCAGAGAGCGGUGUUGAUCUUCAAUCUUGCAGAACCAGCGACUCUUUGGCCAUGACUUUGGAGGAUGGUAUUUUGAAGGAUUCUCAUGGAAGAAUCGGUUCCAUUGUUGCCAACCGCCAGUUCCAAUUUGACGGCCCACCACCUCAGGCUGGUGCCAUCUACGCUGCCGGAUGGUCUGUCUCUCCAGAUGGAUACUUGGCUCUCGGUAACAGCACUACUUUCUACCAGUGCUUGUCUGGAACCUUCUACAACUUGUACGACGAGUCCAUUGGAGCCCAAUGCCAUGCCGUUAAGUUGGAGGUUGCUAACUUGGUUGAGUGUUAA